AUGCCUGCCGCACCGAAGCAGCGGAAGAUAGCUAUUGUUGGCAGCCGAUCAGUGGGUAAAUCUUCUCUGACCGUCCGAUUUGUUGAGCAUCAUUUCGUAGAGAGCUACUAUCCCACCAUUGAAAACACUUUCAGCCAAAUCAUCAAGUACAAUGGUCAAGACUUUGCGACGGAAAUCGUCGAUACUGCUGGUCAAGAUGAGUACAGCAUUUUAAACUCUAAACACUUCAUUGGAAUUCAUGGAUAUGUUGUCGUCUACUCGGUGGCCUCCCGCCAGUCGUUCGACAUGGUCAGGGUGAUCCGGGACAAGAUAUUGAACCAUCUGGGAGCUGAUUAUGUGCCCCUUGUGGUUGUUGGAAACAAAAGUGAUCUCAAGCCCGAACAGCGCCAGGUAUCCUCAGAGGAAGGCCGUCAAUUAGGCGAGGAAUUCCAGUGCGCAUUCACCGAAGCCAGUGCUCGCCUUGGCUACAACGUCGACCGAGCGUUCCAAUUAAUGAUAGGGGAGAUUGAGAAGUCCCAGAACCCGUCGCAACCAGCAGGAGGCAACAAGUGUGUUGUAAUGUGA